AUGGAGGAAUGGGUCCUCUUUUUGGCUCAGGGCAACAUAUCGGGAUCUCCAUGGGAUUACGUCAGUCCAUGUGAGCAAGAUCCAGCUGCGUAUCUAGAGGAUGGUGUACUCUAUCAGAGAAAUGGAAUCCUGAAGCAUUUUUGGCUGCCCUAUAAUGGCCUGAUCGGAUCAGGGAUUCCACCAGAGCUCAACUUGCUCACAGACCUCGAAACCUUGGUAUUGGAUGAAUUGAAACUUAUCAGCACAAUGCCAGAAGAGCUCUUUGGCCUAACAAAUUUGGAGUUUCUUUCAAUGAAUGAUUGUGGCCUUUAUGGCUCCAUUCCCGAGGCUAUAGGACGAUUGUCAAAUCUUGAAAUUCUCUACUUGGGAAUCAACUCUUUGACGGGAACUAUUCCAUCAUCCCUGUAUUCGCUUGCAAACUCAAUAUCAACCCUCGUUCUUCUAGACAAUCAGCUAACAGGACCACUACCAACAGAACUUGGAUUGUUGACAAACUUGGUCGGUUUAGCCCUUGACACAAACUUGUUCACCUCGACGAUUCCCAUGGAGCUUGGCAGAUUGACUCUCUUGGAGGGCAUACUCCUUCGCAGCCUAAUGUUGAGUGGUACUAUCCCAAGUGAGCUUGCUUUGCUUACAGACAUGGAACAUCUUGAAUUGGAUGACUCGAGUCUUACAGGGACAAUCCCCAGGUGGCUUGGCAACAUGACAUCCAUCGAGGGAUUGACAAUGGGGGAUAACUCCUUCACUGGAACUAUCCCAACAGAACUUGGCCUUCUAAGCAUGAUGCGUAUUUUGUAUCUUUAUUUUAAUUCUUUGUCGGGCACAAUCCCAAGUGAAUUUGGAAUGUACAAGCAAGUUGAUGUGUUGGGCUUGCAUGGCAAUAACCUGACAGGAACAAUUCCUACAGAGCUUGGAAAGCUCACUCGUGGUUUGUGGCAGUUGUGGCUAAAUGACAAUGAUUUGACUGGAACAGUGCCCCUAGAACUUGGCAAUGUUCCUUUCCCUGCACCUUAUGGUCAGGUCUAUUUGUAUGGAAAUGAUCUUUCUGGCAUUAUCCCUGAAGGCUUGUGUUCUGCCAACGACCUUACUUUUGACUGCAGCAGCCAGCUCUGUGGAUGUGACUGGUGCAACUGUUCCAGUACCAGAACGAGUAUGGUGCUGAUGGAAAUCGAGAAUCAGACCAAUGGCGAUGGUCAGCUUGUGGGUGAGGAGAACCAGACUUCCACCUGA